AUCACCAUAGGGGAAAACGUGACAACAGAACCUUCCUCCUAGCAGUCAUACUGUAGUAGAACGACAGGAAACAUUUGGUUUCUUCUGCACCAUUCUGCUUCUGUAGAUGUACUGAUAGCACCCUACCAUCUACUAAACCUGCCAACCAACCUUCAGUUUCCAUCACCUCUCCUUCCACCUGCAGAGAGAGAGAAAGAAAUCACCUUAAGAAAGGGAGAGAAGGCAGUUAUCAUGGAUACGAGGAAGCACCUGUGUUCCCUGGCCCGUAUGUUGCUGCCUGCUCUGGGCUUUGUCCUCAUCUGUGUGGGGGCCUACCUGAUGUCCCUCCACAAUGUCUACAACAGCUCCCUGUGUUACAUCCUGGCCUACAUCCUCAUUGCCUUUGGCUUGUGUUGCCUCCUCACCGGGGUCUUCUGGACCAUCUGCCAUGGCAUGAAGAGGAAGAGGCAGAGGAGCAGCAGCCACCACACCACUGCACACCUCCAUGUCUACACCGUUGACAGACCCAGAUUCCACCUUCCUUCAUAUGAGGAGUCUCAGCACAACCACACCUCUGCCUUCUCUGCUACUGCAGCUUACUCUGUGCUGGGGCUCUCUGAAGACGGCCUGAGGUUCAAUCUGGCCCCCCCUCUGUACACCCGGGACAUCUCUGAGGCCCCAGACGACACCUUCAACCAUGAAGAACCACCUGCUUACUCUGAGAUGGCCAUGCAGCUGCACAGGGAGCCACAGGGGCUUCCACAGCAACCAGAACAUUCCGGUUUGGACAGAGUUCCAUGUCCUGAGCUGGACGGUCGAUAGGUGGUGGACUCUGGAAGGUGAUGACAUCACCUUUGUGUACUGUUUAAAACGACUGUCUCCCUGCCUGACCUUUGACCUCUGAUCUUUCAGGAGAUUUAAACUACAUGGCCCUUUCUGCUCAGAGAGAGGUUUUCUGGAGAACGGAGACAGGUGAGAGUGAUAGCUAGGAAUGAGACUGUCUUGAGCUUUUGCUGAGACCUGAGAUACUAUGUGACUGAAAACAUCUUUGCUGUUUCACAUGUGGCUGAACGGUAGUAACCAAUAGCAACAGGUCAUACAGUGAGCUACAGGUUGAUCAAGACAAAUGUCUACAGAAUGCUAGUGAAGAAUAACAGUCUAGGUAUGGAUGUCUCUAUAAAUCUGAUGCACUUUAAAAAACAAAGACCUACUUGUUUUUGCUCGUU